AUGAAAAAGCCAUCGGGAUCUGCAGGACAGUCUGCAGCGGCAGGAGCCUCUGCAGUACGUCCCGAGGAGAUACAACAACAGCAAGAGGCGCUGCAGGAGAUCAGGGCGGAGAUUGACCAGGCCACUCUGCGGGAUCUGCAGGACAGUCUGCAGGCGCAGGAGCCUCUGGCAGUACGUCCCGAGGAGAUACAACAACAGCAAGAGGCGCUGCAGGAGAUCAGGGCGGAGAUUGACCAGGCCACUCUGCGGGAUCUGCAGGACAGUCUGCAGGCGCAGGAGCAUCCGGCAGUACGUCCCGAGGAGAUACAACAACAGCAAGAGGCGCUGCAGGAGAUCAGGGCGGAGAUUGACCAGAAAAUAUGCAGAAACUGUGGGGUGUUGGUGGAUACCAACUGGAGGCAAGGGGAAAACUUUGCAACCCCUGUUACUGUUUCCCCAAGAAGUACGGGGAGAGCAGGCCCGCAAGAUUGUGGCAACAAAACUAAAGGGCGAUUCUCUGGCUGGGUCUCUGGGAAGUGGUCCUGCUUUGUUAUUUUCAAGAAUUGAUU